CAACACGCCAUUUACGACCCUCAUCAGCAUAUCCAUCCAUUUAUCCAAGGAUACCUGUUGUAUGCAGCUGAGAAAAUCUGCAAGAUAGGAUAGCUACCUUCGGAUACUGUAAUUCGACCUCAAGACUGCAAAAGCUUAAUCUUUGGCGACCUGCACUCGUCAUUGAAACAGAUUUCGCAGACCUAGGGGCCACGAUCGGGCUUGGCUAUCAUUACAACAUCUCAUAGAUACGCCCAAGACUUCACAGGAGUCACGAUCAAUACUACACCGACAUCUUCAGAUCAAUAGUCGAGAAGUACCCAGGUUACGAUCUGGCACUGCUACACAGUCCCAAUACGAAAAGCGACACGCGGCGACUUCCAACAUCGAAAGAUUGAUAUCAUCUCUGAUAUCGAUAACGAUUUAGCGUCUUUAACCGGCUGAAAGCUGACGAAAGAGCAGGUCUCCCGCUAGGGUACUGUGACUACGCUUCUGAAGCGUUUGCUUCGCACAGGAGUGACCUGGAAGCGGAGGGGUGUUUGCCAGUGAUUCUGCGGCUCUGCCGCUCUGCAUUUUAAAAAAUGGGCAAGAUAACAAAAGCUUUACAAGCAAAGCACAAAGAGACUCUGUCUCCAUGGCUCAAACAGUUUGUUGAAACCACCUCGACGGUACCUAUUCCUAGACUGCCCGAACAGCUAAGCAGCUACCCAUCGAGAUGGCCCUUUGGCAGAGGCGAUCUCUACCAUUGGAUCCCCCUUCUCAACAGAUUUGACAACAUUCUCGAGUCCUUUUGCGAUACCUACAAUCUGAAAAAUGGCCCUCAAUCUAUUGAUUUUGGAUGCCUGGUACUAAAGAAUGCCGAUGAUUCGAAGAAGUUCCCUGACGAAAAGUCGUGGUCUCAGAAGGAACUCGAUGACAUGGGGUUCGCUAAAGACGGUGACAGAGAAUUAAUCGAGUCACUGUUGAAGUUCACCAGGUUGCUACUAGAACAUUGCGGGAAUCGAAGCAUUUAUGCUAGCAGCUCGCAUCUAGAUAGCCUCCUUAACACAACAUCUCUUACAGUGUUGAUUGCCACAUUGGAGGUUGGCUCGGAACUCGCUCAACGGUAUCAGGCUUCGAUGAAACGCAUGGGCAAUGCGUCCCGUCAAGUUAGCGCAGCACUGCUAGCGAAUCACUACAACAUCGACCUAGAACGAGUUCAACAAAUUGCUAACGGCUUUGUCAAAUCCAAUAUUGCAACUUUGUCGGACGCUGCUGUACCGACAACACCGGCAUCUACCAAGGGCAAGGAUAAAGAGAAACCCGCUGUGAGCACUAAGGAGCUGUCACAGACAAACACCAAUGACUUGGUUUCACUUGCGACAUCGGAUGAUAGCCUUUGGAGUAGCUGGGGUGACGUUAGAGUCUCAUACUAUGCUCUUGACAGUGCUACCAAAGUCGACAAUUUGGCCGAGCAUGGUGCAUCAACAACACCUUCAACGCCAACACCUCUGCGACGAAGCAAUACAAUGCCAAGUGCUCAGAAUACUCCCAAAAAUAAAUCCAGUGCACUUGAUGAUUCGUCACCGGCCUGGCCCAAGACACCAGGAGUAGCGGAAGAAAACAAUGUUCCUGGUCAACGUGUCUUCGAGCUUACGCGAUCGGUUGUUAUAUCGAGCCCCAUUCACAAGCUUCUUCGACAAUGUCCUACUGAUAUGCCUCCAGCGUCAAAAUACGAAGUAUUCCACCGGCUUCGAGUGGCUAAGGCGUUGACGGGAUCACGUAAGGAUCGCCAGUUGAUAAUGGCUUCACGGCUGCUUGCAAUCACAAAUCUGGCGUAUAUUCAUGUCGAAGCUACAUUCAUAGAGAAAGUCCUUAGACAGGAUAUGGAUGAGUCUCGUCGACAUCAGCUCGUGUAUCAGCUAGCUGACCUAAUUCACCCGUCCACGGAAACGAAGACGAAUGUACCACUCUGGAUCCAAACUAUUGCACUAGCUCUACUGGAAGCUAUAUCAAGUUUCCAUGCACGCUGCCAGGACGUCCUUUCUGCGCUCAAUGCUAACGUGAACCACGGCGUAUUACUUUACGUUAUUCGCAAGGCUGUAGCUGGAAUGGAAGAUGAUCAACCCGAGGAUCGGGGCGAAAAAAUGACUGAGGUGGAUGAUUGGCGCAACAAUCUCUUCUCUCUUACGCUUAAUAUAUGCAUGGCUACACGAGUUGGGAGCGAGAUGGCAUCCGCCGGCUUAAUGGAGAUCUUGGUACAAAUCUUGCAGAUUCGAACCAAAAUUGCCCAACGCCACCAUUCUAUGGUGCUUGCUUUCCUCGAUGGCUUGAUAUGGGCCUAUCCGAAUGCCUUUUCCGCAUUUUUUAAUGCUGAAGGCCUGAAUGCAGUUUCGACGUUGGUCAUGGAUACCGUCUCAGACUCAAAAGCCGAGCUUUUAGACUCCAACGGAAUCACUGCAGAUCAACAAUCAAGUGCCGUUGAUUAUGAAAUCCCUUACUAUCAACAACAGACUCUUAAGUGGUUGCUCAAAUUCGUUCACAGAAUUCUCUCGAAUUCGUACACCUACGGCGGUAAUACGGAUCGCCUGCUACGCAAUCUUGCUGAGAAGUCGGACUUGCUUGCUAGCCUGCGAGAUAUUAUCGAAAACAAGAGCAGUUUUGGUUCUGUCGUCUGGACCAAUUGUGUUAUGAUCAUGAGCGACUUUAUCAAUAACGACCCUACUAGCUUUGCGGCAAUCUCCGAGUCAGGCAUGAUAAAGACUUAUCUGGAGGUGAUCACUGGGCGACCACUCCCAGAGCUACCAACCGAAGAAGCGAGACUUGGAACAGAUGAUGAGGAAGGGCCUUCGUCGGAUAGCCCUCUGAUGUCAACGAUCCUUGAACAGGAUGACCGACCUCAUCCACCCACCGACGAAGCCAUUAGAGCCACUAAUCGCACCAUUCCUAUCGCAACCGGUAUCCUCCCAUCGUCCGACGCCAUAAAUGUCAUUCCUCAUGUGCUGAGCGCCAUAUGCCUGAAUCGACAGGGAAUGAAUGCUGUCGUGGCAUCAAGAGCUUUUGAGUUGUUUUUUGAGGUCUUCGAGAGCCCAGAACAUGUAAAAUGUAUGGAAGGAGACGGUGAAUUGGCGCAAACUUUAGGCGGUAGUUUCGACGAAUUGGCACGCCACCAUCCCUCACUCCGGAAGCUCAUCUCGAAUGCAGUCAUCGAUAUGGUAGCUCGUGUUCGCUAUCUUGCUAUCGAAAAGGCUGAAAAGGCCGGCUGGGGAGCUAGUUUGGUUGUCAAUACACCUUCUGGAGAGGUAGUGAGCCUGACAUCUGAUGGAACUCUGCAGACACCUCCAGUCGAAGAAGUACAAGAGAACACCGACGUAUCUGAUGAUGAUACUCCCAUGGCAGAUCAGUCGUCGUCGCAAGCCAUUACCGCUGAGAAAUCCGACGAUGCCAAGACUUCGCCUACCGAGGCAAUCACGCCGUAUCUGAAUGCUGUUGCGAACUUUUUGAUUUCUUAUUUCUCAAAUUCUCUCCUGAAAUCAAACUUCAUUGAUAACGGUGGCAUUGAAAUCCUUUUGGAUUUAUCAGAAUCUCCAAGUCUACCCGUGUCGUAUGGCGAAUCCUUGGCCUCGCGAGUUAUGAGUCAGGUGAUUGCGCUCCUAAUCGACCAUUCCCCAAUCUAUGGCCUCCCAUCACUGCUAAGUCGAGCUCAAAAUGCAAUCCAAAUUCUUGAGCCCCUUGCUAGGAAAACCGAAGCUAUUCCGCCGUAUUUUGGUGAAUUUCUCACCGCUGAAACAGUGGUAGAUCCUGCUCAUGUACCAGAAUCCAUGCAGGCAGGAAGUAAAAUGGUGAAGGCUAUGCUCAACACGCAAACCUUUGUUAAAAUCAUCUCCGAAUGCUUCCCAACUUCUCGCGCAAACACUUAUCAAUUUUACCCGAUCAAUGUAUUCGACUACUUCGUCAACCUUGUCGGGUCUCUUGGGCGACUGUUGCGGGCCGUCUUAGCUGAGGAGGCUGGUGAACUUUCCGUUGUUCCUCAGCAUUGGUCAAUUAGACGAAGAGAUACAGCAUCAGAUGGUGAUUCAAAGGAACCUGUUGCAGAGGCCGAUUCUGAUGAUUCUUCAUUGCCCGACGUUUUAAAUAACGCUGGCGCCUGGAAGGCAUCAGAGAGUGGCAAUAACUCGAAUAAGCCCUCAGACGAGGAACAACGCAGUGCAAGGUACCGGAACUACGAAACUCUACGUGCUUUACUACACCCUAUGAUUCCAACAUCCUUCCCGUUUUUUCAGACACUCGGUAAAGCGCUACUUCCACGUCAGAAUAUUCACCAUGCCGACCAAUAUUCUCGGGUCAAACAUCUUGACAUCGCCAAAGCUCUCGCCAACACUGUACUGGUCUAUCUCAAGCCGUCUGUCGCUACCAGCCAGCCAUCUGCGAAAGAAUUCCACUAUUGGAUUAUCAUGCUACAUACUAUUCAUGAAAUGAUGAUCGAUCACCCUACCGGCCGUCAAGCAGACCGAACUAACGUCCAGAUUCUGCUUCCCGUUCUUUUAGCAUUCAAAGAACAAGGUGGACUUGACCUACUCAACACUAUGGUAACCAAAUUCAUGGCUGCUAUUCGGGAUGGAAAUAAUGGCAACUCAGAGGAGUCAUCAAAGCCGAAAGUCGCUGCGUUUGGACUGAAGAAGGUGCUUGACCUCUACAUGAUUCUGGCUAAUGGAAAGUACAUUACCGAAAUCAGCAACCAAUAUGGCCUUCAAAAACAUUCAGAACGACCUCUGACUGUUCCCAACAUUUAUCAGCAAAUAGUGGUUGAAAUUCGCGUCGCUAUGAUGCCUAUGGUUAUGGAAUUAUGGACCUCAGAAUUUGUCGACCAUGUUCCUGCACCUACGGUUAAGAGACUGUUGGAUCUGUUACGAUUUGUUUACACUGCCAACCAUGAACCUGCAACCACGGCCUUGGAUAAGCAGCCGUUUCUUUUAAUGCAGUACUCCCCAGCCCCAUUCAACUGGCGCCAUGUGAGAACAGCGGUUCUAGAAACUGUCAAUGCUGGAUACAGCGAAGAUCUAGCCCGAGAGGCAGUGUAUAGAGCUAACGGUCAUACUUCGACAGCGAGGGACUACUGCCGAGCUUAUAAGUCCGGUAUUACAGCUAUUACACACCCAAUUCCGACCGAGGACAUCUACCAAGCUGGAGAAACUGCUUCAGAUGUGGUCGACACAGACCAGAUGUCUCUCGAUAUCCUUGGUGGUACCCUUGAAGAAGGGACGGAUAACCCUUCUGACGCUCAGUCCCAAGAUGAAAGACUAAGCAUCGAAGCUAAUUCUGAAGCCAAGUCCGUAAAAUUCCCAGGAACAAAGCAAGAACUUGACGACCUGCGAAGCAGUCUGCGGGAUAAUCUCAUCGACCAGUGCUUAGAUGUGAUUCGUGCCCAUCCGGAUUGCGCUAUUGAAGUCUCUGAACUCAUUCAAAUCGCCGUACUUCGCUCGCCGAACGAAGAAGCUCAAGAGGAAGUUGGCUCUACUUUGACGUUUGCUCUGUCAUCGCUCGCACUUGACGAUGAUGAAAAAGCCAAGAAUGGCAAAUGCAUCGCUGCUUAUGCCCAUCUCCUUGCAUUACUCCUUCAAGACGAAGUGUUCUUUGAAUGCAAUGUCGACUCGCUUCGAGAGAAAGUGGAAGAGUAUGUCAAGUUCUUGAAGAUAUCGCCAACAUCUACGUCUGAGACUUUGCCGCCCUGGAUUCCACACAUAUUACUCAUCAUUGAAUUGCUUCUUUGCCAAGAUGAACGCCCAAUUGCAGCUCAAUGGACAUCACCAAAGUCGUUGGAUGAAGAAAGCCCAUCGGCAGUGAUACAGCUCGGUACUCCACUAGUUGACGACCAACAGCGAACAGACCUGCUAGAUUCCUUGCUAGACCUUCUACCUCGCAUAGGGAAAGAAGAAUUACUAGCUACUUCAGUGCUUCGUGUACUGGUCAUUCUUACAAGACGGCGCCAUUUGGCUAAACAUGUGGGAGAGAAGAAGAACCUCCAAAGACUCUUCCUCAUGGCAAAGCAGCUCUCAGGUUUUGGAUCUGAGAGACUCAAGCAAAACCGUUUAACGUCAUACCUGAUCACUAUUUUACGCCAUAUCAUUGAGGAUGACGAGAUAAUUAAACAGGUUAUGAGAGCCGAGAUCAAGGCGGACUUCCCGAACUUGAGUCGAAACUCGAGGGGCAACCCCGAUGUUCUGAGUUAUUUGCGUACGAUGGCACCUGUGUCAUUGCGCGCACCUGAGCUCUUCGUACAAGUCACCAACGAGCUCAUUCAGUUUUCUCGAUGGGCACCACCAAUGGCUGAAGGCAACAAACCCAAUCCACUGAUGUUGAAGGAUAACUUGGCUACUGGCAGUACCGCGUUGCCGGAUACAACGAAAGGCGAUGCACCAAACCUGGAGAACCUGCAACCUACUAUAGAGCUCACAGACAAAGACAUGCCCGACUUCCCCAAGUCUGGGCCAGACAGCAAGCGACCUGUGGUAGAGAAUCCUGACGGUGUCAUACACUUCCUCCUCUGCGAGUUGGUCAACUACCGGGAGGUUGAUGAUAAAGAAAUAACGCCAGCCGCUAAGGAGAGCACAACCACUGAUGCUACGACAGACUCCGCGAGGGCAUCCGGCUCAUCUCAAGAGCAGGACGAGAAAGACAAGAAGCCUACCAAGCCACAGUUCAAGGCCGACGAGCAUCCUAUAUUUGUGUAUCGUUGCUUUUUGUUGAAUUGUCUUGCUGAACUUCUACAAAGUUACACAAGAGCCAAGGUGGAAUUUAUCAACUUCAAACGAAGCGCCCCGCCACUAUCUAGCGGUACCCCAAUCAAACCGAGGUCAGGUAUUCUAAACUAUCUCAUCUAUGACCUAUUAUGCCAGGGUACGCUUUCAGGUACAGCGGAUACUCUCACCGCGAAAAAGAAAGCUGCGACAUCUGUCCAAACUCAGAAAUUGCUUGUUGCACUGGUGACCAAAACCAGCGAGAUUGUGUCCGAAUCGAAGCCACCUAAAUUCAUAUACGAUGAAGAUCAGGAUCUACUAUUCGUUCGAAAGUUUAUCCUCGACACGGUACUGAGAGCAUAUGAAAAGGCGCCUGUUUCUGACGAACCGUUCGAGACACGUUAUGCCAGAAUGCAGUGCCUGGCCGAAUUGAUGCAUCAGAUGAUUGGAGAACGGGAUUCCAAUGGUGCAGGGCCAGGUGCACGUAACUCUGACAAAGCCCAAUUUCGCUCACAGACACAGCUCCGCCGUCUUAUGUUUGAGAAGGGCUAUCUUGAUAAACUGACAUCUUCAAUUGCCGAUAUCAACCUGAACUACCCUGGCGUCAAGCGCGCCAUCAAGUACAUCUUACGCGUGUUGCGAAUUUUGACGGACACUGCUAAAGAACUGAGCCAUACAAAUCUUCUCCCAUCCGAUCGGCAGGGCCAGGUCGAACAUAGUGAUGAAGAAUUUGAGUCUAGCUCCUCGCUCUCUGAUUUGGAAGAUGAUCGUGAAGAUACACCAGACCUCUACCGUAAUUCCGCUCUUGGUAUGCUGGAGCCUAGAGAUGAAGACGACGAGUCUGAUGAAGAGGAUGAGGAUGAUGAUGAAGACAUGUAUGGCGAUGAAUAUGGCGAAGAAAUGGACUACGGGGAUGAGGACAUGUCUGAUGGCGAGGACAACAUCAGUGACGAAGAUGAAGAAUUGGGCGAAAUGGGCCACAUUGAGGGCCUCCAUGGUGACCCCGGAGUUGUUGAAGUCAUUAUGGAUGAUGAUGACGACGACGACGAGGAUGACGAGGAUGAUGAAGACAGCGAUGAGGAUGAGGAUGAGGAUGAUUCUGCUGAUAUGGAGGCCAUGGAUAAUAGAGUCGAGAUUAUCGACGAAGAUGGCAACCCUAUUGAGGCAGACUCGGCGUGGGAGAGCGAUCCAGACGAAGAAGACGAUCAAGACAAUGAAGAUUUGGAGUUCGAAGAGACCGACGGCGCUGGACAUACCCAUACCCAUACCAUGAACCCAGAAGAUUUGCUUGAUAAUAUGGCUCGUGCCAUUAUGGGUGAUGAGAACGGUUAUGACGCGAAUCUUAUGGGAGGACUAGAUGAACAUUUCCUAGAUGAGGAUAAUGAUGAGGGCGAAGAUGAAGAAGAGGAUAUUGAAGAGGAUGAUUAUCUGGAUGAAGAGGACUAUCCUGAUGAGCAUCCUCCCUCCGGUCCCCCGUUGAGUUGGGAUGGCUUACACGGCGAUCCAGAUGAUAGGCACCGUCAUUUGUUCCUCCUCGACGGCAAUCGUCGACCUGUCUUUGCAAGAAUGGAUCACCGGGGGCAAUUCCCGCCUCGCUUUGUCGCUGGUACGAACCGGGACCCGCAGGACUUCCGAAACUACUUUGUUCGUAGCCAUCGCUCGGCUGGUGGUCCCAACGCCAAUCCAGAUGAUGGCGUCAACCCGCUUCUAAGACGAGCUGAUGCUACAAACGAGACCACUAGAAACCAGAACGCUAAUCCCAACAGCUUUGGAUUGCGCAUACCGGAAGGACUGUUCUCAGGUGCUGCAGGGCGACAUAUGAUCGAUGGGCCCAUGGGCCUCUUAGGGGAGCUCAUGGAAUUCCUACCCAUGAUGGGCCGGGGAGGAAAUGGCCAACAGGCCUUCCAUGUACAAAUAACCGGACCUGGUGCCCCUAGAGGCACGGAUGUGGCGAUGAGGCCGUCUCGAAGUGAGCAACGACGAGAAGCAACACAAGAACCACACCAAGCUGUGGCAUUCACACCAGAGACCACCCUCGAUAGGUACCAAGAAGAGUCACGACUCUUGUUCGGCGCCGGCAUUAAUGCGGAAGCAUCCAAGUUGUCCAAUGCAAUCAAUGCGGAGUUAACUCCUGCCGCCUUGGUGCGAGAGCGAAAGCAUAAGCAAAACGAACAAGAAAGUCGUCGAAUCGUCGAAGAGGCUGCAAAGAAACAGGCAGAGGAACAGCGUGCCGCGAAGGAGGCUCAGGAACUUGCCGAGCAAAGAGAACAGGCUAAGCAAGCAGAAGAGAGGGCCGCUGCCGCCGCACAAGCAGCGGCGGAGGCAACUUCAGCAGAAUCUGAACAUCCCAGCGGCACCGAUGUCGAUCGGGUCAGCAUUAUGGAAGGUGUCGAAGCCACAGAAGACUCUGGCCCUGAAACAGCUGCUGAUCCAGAAGGUCCCCGCAUCACAACGGUUAUUAGAGGAGAAGAAGUGGACAUUACAGAGCUUGGAAUCGACCCGGAUUAUCUUGCCGCAUUGCCCGAGGAGUUUCGCGAAGAAGUUAUCGCUCAGACUAUCAGUGAAAGGCGAUCACAAGCUCGAGAGGAGGCAGUUGGUACCGGAGAAUCGACUGAAGUGUUUCAAGAAUUUCUUGAUGCUCUACCUGAGGAACUUCGUCGAGAAAUUGCACACCAAGAGCGUCGAGAGCAGCAACGCCGUAACCGCACUGAAAAUAGACGCCAAGCUGGUGCAGGUUCUAACCCAAUCGCCAUCUCAGCAGACAUGGAUACAGCAAGCAUCUUGCUUACCUUCCCUCCUGAACUGCGCCAGCAAGUCUUGAUUGAACAAGGCGAGUCUCUUAUGGACCAACUAACACCGGAUAUGGCCGCCCAAGCGCGAGCUCUUGCACAGCAACGAUCACCUGCCCCUCAACAGCAGCAAGGUGUAAUCCCCGUUCCUCCGAGCCACCCAAAUCCCUCAAAUACACUGAGAGCAGGUGACCAAGACAAAGAUGCUGAAAAUAAAGUACAACGCAAGACUGUGGUGCAAAUGCUUGACAAGGCUGGAGUCGCUACACUUCUUCGGCUAAUGUUCAUUGCACAGCAAGGCAGCAUCCGCGCUCAUUUGUUCGGCGUCUUUGCCGAUGUUUGUGAAAAUCGUCAAACCCGGCUCGAGGUUAUCAGCAUGGUGCUCCAAGUCCUCCAAGAAGGUACAACCGAUAUGACGGCUGUUGAACGAAGCUUUGGCCACCUCUCUAUUAAAGCCCGACGCAAUAAAGAUCGCGAAAUAGAGCAUCGCACUCCACAGAGCUUGAAGCGAACCGCAACCUCUUUAACAAUCACGAGUGCCAAUCAUACAAACUCUGAAACAUCGCCUAUUCUAAUUGUUCAGCAAUGUCUGGACUUAUUGGUUGACUUAUGUACCCGCAAUCCCCACGUUCCAUGGCUGUUUCUCACUGAGCAUGAGAUUGUAGGAUCAGCUAUUCGGAAGGUUUUGAGCCGCAGAGGCAAGACUAGGGACCCCAAGGCCACCAAAUAUGCGAUUAAUGCCUUGCUUACGCUACUUGACCGUGAGCUUGUCACGGAGAGUUCGGUCGUUAUGUCUCACCUGGCAGAUUUGUUGAACCGAGUUACAUUGCCCUUGCAGAAUCUCGAUCGCAGACGUCGAGAGUCUAAAGACACUAAACCAGAGGCUACAGUAUCCCAACCAGCUCAAGCCACUGGCCAAAGCGGCACAGAGGCAGUCAAUCAGGAUGACCCCAACUCUACAGAGGCCGCUGAACAAGGUGAAACUUCGUCGAAGAAGCCCAAGCCGCGCCAGCUUCUUCCACCAACCAUUCCCGAUGAGAAUCUCAUUCUCGUUGUUCGCAUCUUUGUGGCCAGAGAGUGUAGCUCAAAAACUUUCCAGAACACUAUUGCUACGAUCAAGAACUUGUGUGCCAUCCCAGGCGCAAAGACGACAUUCGGCCAGGAGCUUAUCAACCAAGCCCGCAUUUUAAGCGAAAAUAUUGUUGCUGACUUGGACGACCUAUUACCUCAUAUUGCAGAGGCAAGUUCAGGCACAGAUGUUCAAGGUGUAGCGCUCUCCAAGUUUUCACCUGGUGCAUCUGAACAAAACAAGCUUUUGAGGGUCCUCACUGCUCUGGAUCAUAUUUUUGAUGGCAAGAAGCGAGCUGAGGAAUCUAGGACUGAUGCAGGAAAGGAUGAAGAGAGAGAAGAACUUCUGGUAUCUCUCUAUCACAACAACACUUUCUCUGCCAUGUGGGAAAAGCUUAGUGCAUGUUUGAGCGCCAUCCGUCAACGGGAGAACAUGCUAAAUGUGGCUACUAUUUUACUUCCCCUCAUAGAGUCGCUGAUGGUUGUGUGCAAAAAUACCACCACAAAGGAUGAUCUAGCACAGAGUCAGAUUGGCAAAGAUCUUGCAAGCCCGCAGCCAGAAUCACAAACAGCCAGUCUAUUCUUUUCCUUCACCGAAGAACACCGCCGCAUUCUCAACGAACUGGUCCGUCACAGCCCGAAGCUGAUGUCAGGAACAUUUUCUUUGUUGGUAAAGAACCCCAAAGUUCUCGAAUUCGACAACAAACGCAACUACUUCAAUAGAAGCGUGCAUUCGAGAUCUGGACAAAAUCAGUCUAGGCAGUCAUACCCUGCUCUGCAACUAUCUGUACGCCGCGACCUCGUUUUCCAUGACUCUUUCAAAUCUCUGUACUUCAAGUCUGGCGAUGAGAUGAAGUUUGGAAAGCUCAACAUUAGGUUCCAAGGCGAAGAAGGUGUUGAUGCCGGUGGUGUUACCAGAGAGUGGUUCCAAGUUCUUGCUCGUCAAAUGUUUGACCCGAACUAUGUGCUCUUUAGCCCUGUCUCAUCUGACCGCACAACCUUCCACCCAAACAAACUCAGUGGUGUCAAUGAUGAGCAUUUGAUGUUCUUCAAGUUCAUUGGCCGCAUUAUUGGAAAAGCUCUUUAUGAAGGCAGACUCCUGGACUGCUUUUUCAGCAGAGCUGUUUACAAGCGCAUUCUCGGCCGAUCCGUUUCCGUAAAAGAUAUGGAGUCCUUUGAUCCAGACUAUUACAAAUCACUCUGCUGGAUGCGCGACAAUGACAUCACGGACAUCAUUACCGAGACAUUCUCUAUUGAAGACGAAGAGUUUGGAGUAGCAAAAGUGGUCGACCUGGUUCCUGGCGGCCGUGAUAUUCCUGUAACAGAAGAGAAUAAACAUGAGUAUAUUCGACUCGUUGUUGAUUACAAGCUCAUUACGUCAAUCAAGGAGCAGAUGGAGCAGUUUUUGAAAGGCUUCCAUGAAAUUAUUCCUUCGGAAGUCAUUUCGAUCUUUAAUGAACAAGAACUUGAGCUGCUCAUCUCUGGCCUUCCCGACAUCGAUAUGGACGAUUGGAGAGGCAAUACAGAGUACCAUGGGUACACUCAAUCAUCCCCUCAGAUCCAGUGGUUCUGGCGAGCAAUUCGAUCAUUCGACAAGGAAGAACUCGCCAAACUGCUCCAGUUUGUCACAGGCACAAGUAAAGUUCCCCUAAAUGGAUUCAAGGAACUCGAAGGAAUGAAUGGUGUGAACCGCUUCAAUAUCCACCGUGACCCAGGCAACAAAGACCGUCUUCCAACCUCACACACUUGCUUUAAUCAGCUCGAUCUCCCAGAGUACGACAGUUAUGAUGUGCUCCGGGCCCAGCUGCUGAAAGCAAUUACCCAAGGCAGCGAGUACUUCGGCUUUGCGUAAGACGACUGAAACCAAAGAAGGGAAAAACAAUGUACAAACAUUGGUAAAACUGACGAAAUUUUGAUUUCGGUGGACCUGUUAAUUUUUUUUUCGUUUUGCUUUUUGUAUUUUUCUUUUAUUAUUAUGCCUUUUUUAAGGUGGAAAGCGUUAGAUUUGGUUACUUGGACUUGCCGAACCUUCAUCGUAUCGGCUCUUUUGCCUAUGAGAAGUGCAGGUCUCGAUGGCGUGGUUGGGAUGAAAGGAGAGCAAGCCAAGAACCAUGGCUAUACAAUGCUGGAUCCUUCGAUGAAUUUGCAUAAACAUGAAUAGACUUGUAUUAUUGUUCAUAAGGCCUUCAAGACUUCCUUUAGCAACUGAUCAGCAAGGGUGCUUAUGCGAGUCUACGAACUACAAGAGGAAGUUUACAGGUUGAUGGUCACAGACUUUCUACGUGGGCGGGAAGCAAAGUAAUUUAGUAGAUCAUGAAUGUAUUGUUUUUACUCCGUUAUGUCUAAUACAUUCGUCCCAGGAUGAAAUUUUCCAUUAUCAGAAAAACUUCCCUGGCUAGACAAAUCCGAUCAGAAUGCCUGUGGACUACAAGAGGCAACAGUAUGCUCAUUGUCUUCCGCCUUUUUGCCCUCCGUUCUCAUGAAAGUUGAUUAAACGCCAAAACAAAACAUGUUUACUUGCGCAUGGAGCUGGCUCUGCGCUUGCGGGCAUCAGCCUUGUCGGCCUUGGCCUCUGCGACACGCUUAGCGAGAAGCUGGGCGUACUCGUUCUGAUAAAUUGUCAGCAAAAUGCUUCGUAUGUGACUGAAUGUUAUGUUGUUAAACUUACGGCCUCAUCCUUGACCUUCUCGGUCUGGCGGCGCUUAAGAGCAAGGCGGUGACGCUUGUGCUGAAGACGCUGGGGGGUGACGAGUCUCUGGAUCUUGGGGGCCUUGGUGUAGGCCUUCUUGUCCUCGCCCUUGGGCUGGACCUCGCGGCGAAUGACGUACUUGCGGACCUAUGAUUGGCACAAGGCAUUAGUUUCUGUUACGGGGGUAGAUAAGUUGAGUCGGUCGAUUCUCCUCCGGAGCGGCUCUUGUUCGACUGUGCAAUUAUGCAUCACACUGUGCAGCAUGUUCCAGCUCAAGUUGUGAAGAAUACAAAGCAAAGUCGAGAGAGCCACUCCUUUGGGUCCUCUCACACUCUAUCCAAACUGCAACAACCAGCUGCGCAGCUCCGAAUAGGCGAUGACCGAGUAUGGGCGCGGAGUAAAACAUACAUCGUCAUCCUUGGUGAGGCCGAAGAAACGGCGGAUCUUGGAAGCGCGCUUGGGGCCGAGACGCUUGGGGUGAACGACGUCGGUGAGGCCGGGGAUGUCAGCCUCGCCCUGCUUGACGACGGAGAGAGCAAGAACAGAGAGAUCCAUGCCGGUGAUGCAACCACGGACGGACUUUCUCUUGCGCUCACCGGUGCGGCGGGGGCGGUAGCAGGAGUGGCCGUCAGCGAGGAGGAGACGGACACGGUUGGGAGCCAUGACACCCUGCUUCAUGGGGAAACCCUGCUUGUCGUUACCGCCGGUGAUGCGGAAGAUGUAGCCCUUCCACUCAUCACCGAGGGAGUCGCCGGGGACCUCAGCACCCAUCUACAAAAAAAACCCUUGUUAGUAUUCGGGACAGAUGCUUGUUUCUCGGGGUUCGCGGGUUGUCGACAUACGCGCUUCUCCAUGAAGAUGUUGAGCUUGCGCUCAUCGUCGACUUCGACGAGCUUCUGGCUGCCGUUGGCAGGGUAGGAAAUGUUCAACUGUGAAAGAAUUGUAUGUUAGCGUCGAGUUGCGUGGCGAUUGAGGCGGUGGUGCAGAAAUUCGACAACGGUAGAGCGACGGCGCGCAUUGCAUUGUAGUGCAGGUGCGAAGUCUUUCGAAUAGAUAGACAGGUUGCCAGACGUAAUUCCAUUGUCGAACUAAAGCAUCCUCCUAGGUGUACUAUCGUACCUUCAUCUUGCCGGUUGUGUGGUGGUGCAAGUGUGCUGGAAGUGGCUCGCGUGAAGUUCGACG